UGGAGGACAUCGACCUAUGUCGAUCCUCUCUCCUCGUUGAACAGAAGAGAAUCUUCUUGAACUUGAGAGAGAAUGCACGUGGACGGUACCUCCGAAUCGCUGAGGUGACAGGAAGCAACCGAUCUACCAUCAUCAUUCCUUCUUCCGGUUUGAUGCAACUUCGCAGCCUGCUCGACGAGUUCAUUGAACAUGACAACGGAGUGGCCAUGGGACAACAGGCGAUGCUUGGGGACAACUAUGGCGCAGUGGACAUGAAGAAGAAGCCAGUCCGCAAGCCAAGGCGGGCUGGAGGCUUAGAAAACGGCGAAGGGACGGAGGGAGACGAAGAUAGGAAAGUUUUCGUUGGAAAUCUGUCGUGGUCCACAAACUCGGAGCAGUUGAAGAAUCACUUCGAUGUUUGUGGAGAAGUCGUCCGUGCUGAUGUGUUCACGGAACGUUCUGGUCGCUCGCGUGGAUGCGGCAUUGUUGAGUUCACCUCGCCAGACGGGGCGCACAAUGCCAUGAUGAUGAUGAACAACUCUGAACUAGACGGAAGAAGCAUCUUCGUCCGCGAGGAUCGUGGAUGAGACAGGCUUCAUGGUGCAUGAACGCAUCUUACUUCCAAGGCAGGCUGGGGAUAAGUUGUACGUUGAAAUGGCGUGCCUCGAGUGUCAGCGAUUGCGUGGUAGAGGAGCGUGAGAGGUCACGUGCUGGUAACUCGCAUUCGUGUGAGCGGAUGAGCUGGUCCGACCGGUUUUAUUAAACAAGCGCGG